GGACCGGAAGUAACCUUUUGCAAUUCGGGAUUCCCAUUUCUUUCUCGCGCAGUGGCCAGAUAAGAUUAGAUGUUAUUUAAAGUGCUUUUGAAGUGCAUAUGUGAAACGAGCCGCGAAAAUAUUACAGUUUUGAGGAAGAAAUAAGACUUUUUAACCGGCAUUUUGCUCUACACCAGCCCCUCGUCGUGUGACGCCGCCGGAAACAGUUGUUGCGAUUUACAUCCAGCAGGACGCAGAGAUGGAUCAAGAAGUAAUCAGCGAAUUUAAAGAAAACAUCUUGUUACUAGAGUUUGCACUGAAGGUCUGAGCCUCGUUGACUGGCUGUUAAUUAAGUGUUCCUGGUCCAUCAGUCCUUGAAGAUGUUAUCCAACCCUCUGGCUGACCCUAACGAAACACGGCAGGUUGCUGCAACUGGUCCCUGCCCACAGUCUGCACUCUAUCAAGACCUGUUAGUGAUGGCCUACAGAGGAAGUGCAAAAGCAGAGAUUGGGAAUGAAGAUAAAAUUAUGUGUUCAGUUCAGGAACCUCAGACAUCAAGUUUUGUUAUCCUGGACACUGAUAAACAGCUGAAACAGACUUCUUCAGAGCUGAAUGGUGAUUUGGGAAGCAACACAAAUUUCGAAGCUGGCACACAUGAAGCGGACAUGUUCAGAACCACAGAAUGGAAACCGCCGCUGACCUUGUCCACUUUGCCUCCUGAAUGUCCAAAAGGAGAGCAGCUGGGUUCUCUGGAGCGCUUUCUUGUGGCCCAUCAAAACGAAAUGAAGCGCUUGCUGACAGGCACACUCGGUGUCCUGAGCCAGCGGCUUGAGGCAGUCGAGCAAAGGAUCGAGCAGCUGCAUGUCCAGGGCACUGCACAUGGAAAAAGUCUAGCCCUGCUUCACAGCGAAGUUAGCCUCCUGGGAAGAAACAUCACUGCUGGCUGUUCAAGCACACUGACUGCUCCGAGUAUUCCCCCUUCCAGCACUUAUGAAAAGCACUCAGUUGAGGAAAAGGAAGAUGGUGACAUAUCCAAGAUAUCCUCUCAGGGAUCAGUUAAUCAUGGAAGUAGGGACACUGUGUGCCAACCAUGGAUUGAUUCAGGGACUGCGAUUGAUUUCUCUGCACAUAACUCUGAUUGUAAUCAUAACAUUGAGGUCCUGGACCCUCUGGGGCUUAAUGAAGGCUCAUCUGGACUGCUAAAAACUAACUGCUUAGGGGUUUCGUCUUUUGAAGACUUGAACAUGGAACAGGAUGGGUUGCUCAGUAAAGUGGACAAAAAAGAUGGCCAAAAUGAGCCACCUUGUUAUCCAAAGCCCCAGUUUUCUGAGAGCUUGGAUGCAGGCAUUCAGUAUCACUCUACUGAUCAGUGUUUACAUGAAUCAGCACAACUUAAGGUGCCUUCUUUCAGUAGUGAAGUUCUUAAAAGUUCAGGGGAGGGAAGCUCAUGUAAGAAUCAUGGUCCUAGUAGUGUAAGUUCAGAUAUUAAAAAUUGUAAAUCAGAAGGAGAGUCUGUCCUGUUGAGACAUCCCCCACCAGACUUGAUGGCAAGUAGGUCACACUUAGUCGGCCAGUCUAGUACUGCUGACAAACCUGAAACUGGUCCUGCUCCCUUGAUCACGACUCUGUCCACAAAAGGUCCUAGAACAAUAGCCAAAAAAGGUGACUGGCCAUUUUCUGAAGUUGUGUCUUUUCCUACCCUGUUCAAGAUCACAUCCCUCUCAGAGAUCAUGCCAGGCUCAAUCAAGGAUUUACCUUUAGGAGAUGCUUUCAGUCCAGUUGAUGAUGAGGGGACAAAUCAGUGUGGUAAAGGAAAGGGGAAACAGUUAAAGGUUAUAGGUUCCCAGUCCUCGUCAAGGAAUGGAGCAUUGGCCUGUGUAAGGAUAAAAUCUUACCCAUAUUCCCAUCGCACAUUAGUCACCCCAGUGGUGCUACCUUUGGACUCUUACAAGGCUUGCCUUUCAGCUAUGGGAUUUCUUUUGCCCUGGACUGACUCAGAAGUGUCAGGUGCCAAGAAUGGGCUGUCAAAACUGCUUCAUACGGAAACACAAUAUAACCACAGUAUGAGCAAUCUUCUAAAUCACCUGGAUGACGUUGCCUGCCGCUUGAUUCCUAAUAGACCCAUCAAGAAUGUCCAACCUCUGAUGAGAUACCACAGAAUUGUGUCUAAACUCAAACACCACCAUCAGAAGGCCCAUUCCUUCUCUAAAUGGCCUCCACUGAAAACCAGUCAAGUACUCCGUCUACCCCAUCCAAAACUAAAUACCUGGGGGCCUGUUAUGAGACAUGAACACAGUGUUCACCCACUUCAUUCAAAGCAGAGUGGAGACCUGACCCUCCAUACUCCACCACUCCUUCAUCUGCAAAGUAUGGCACAACCUUUUCAGACUCCCACAUAUUUCCCCAUGUCUACUGUGAGAAAAGGGAGCUUCUCUGGGGCAGGCCUGAGCACAGUGUUGGCCGUGUCCUCUCCGGCCUCUUUUAGACUGUGGUUACGCCACAUCCACCCCCCUUUUUCCUUCACAUCCUCAUCAUCUUUGGUCAAUACUGUGAAGAACCAGAUUAUAGCUCAGACCAAGUGUUCUCCUCUUUGGCCCUUGGCUGAUUAUACCGGCCCACCAGGUCUGGAUAAUGAUCACAGCUAUGCUCACCGAUUCAGUCAAGAUUCUCCUCUAAGGAAGAAAACUGGUUCAGUGCGGAAAUCUGGUUCAUCUCCAUCCCCAUGGCCCAUAAAGUCUCCCCUCAGCCCAGAGAGGAGCUCAGAUAUUACUCCACGAUAUAGCCCUAGUGUCAAUGUUGGGCGGUUGGAGGUGAUGCCCCCUGCUGAAACUGUGUCCCCUUUUUCCAUUACUGGUACAAAUGUUAAGAACCCUGAACUGCACCACCUGGAAGCCUCUAGAGAGGACAAGCAGGUGGGGCUUCAUGAAUCCAGCUCCUCGUUGCAACCAGCCCAAAGGUCUAAAAGGGUUUCUCAGAUUCGCAUCCGCAAGACGGUGCCUAAACCAGACAAAAACCUCACCCCAAUGGGGCUCCCCAAACCAAAGAGAUUAAAGAAGAAGGAGUUUAGUCUGGAGGAGAUUUACACCAACAAGAAUUACAAAUCUCCAACUCCAAACAGAAGCUUGGAGACAAUCUUCGAGGAGCCAAAGGAGAAGAACGGUACGCUGAUUUGCAUCGGCAAUCAAAAACGAAAGCGAGUUUUAGAUUUCCCAGAUUUUACCCUACCACGGAAACGCAAAGCCAAGGCCAGCCUGGGUUCUCUUCGAUUAAAGGGAUCCCGCAGAGCCAAAAGUAAAGACGCAGACCUGAACGUCAUGCUGAUCCAGAGACUUAGUGAACUGGAGGACUACUUCUCUCGCCAAGGACUGGAGGACUAGUCAAGCUUCACAUUACACGUUAUCAACACGAUUCACAGCUUGGAGAUUCUUUUCUUCUUCACUCGUCCUAUUCAGCUCAAAUCCUUAAGGGUUCUUUUGUACGUCUCUCUGAGGAAAUCCUGAAGGGUUUUAUGGAAAACCCUACACCAGAGGGUUUCUCUUUCAGAGAGACGUUGUAGAAGUAGAAGCAGUUUAGGAAGCUAAGAAACCUUAAAAUCCAAAGAACCCUUGAGGAACCUGGGUAGCAGACCUACACUGUCUAGUGAAAAAAAUAAAAACACUAAAGCUAAAAUCAACAGCUUCAGUAAUUGUUAUGCUGCCUUUGAUUUCUGUGUUUUGUGAAAAAGAAAAUGUCACCUCUUCCUGCUUUGAAUGACUGUAAAAUUGUUUUAUUUGCUUAAUGCCGGACCUCAUCUGUGGUGUGAAAAAUAAAGUGUAAGCUGCUAAGACCCAAAUAAAUCUACUACAAAUAUUAAUCGUUA